AUGCCCUUCUACGCCAAUACUCCCGAGGCCUUGCUCGGCCGGUCCGACUCCAAAAACCCCUCGACAACAUGCAGAGGCAUCACCGCAAGCGGCCGGCCCUGUAGGCGCCCGAUUGCCGCCUUAGACUUGCCGCCCAUGCCUGCCUCGCGCUCCAAAUCAUCGAAGCUGCGCGUUGACGACCCGAGAGACGAGAAUUUGUAUUGCUGGCAGCACAAAGAGCAGGCCAGUCUGUCGACAAGAUCGAGCCCGGGCCCGAGGAUGUCCAGCACGCCCAUCUUGGAGGAGCGAACAAGUUUGGAUACGCUGGCCGAUCGUCUGGGCUUGAUUACCCCGACGCAGACACGGUCGGAGAAAACGCAGACACGGUCGGGGAAACCGCCGAGACGCCAGAACGGCGGAGGAUCGCGGCCCAGCGCAAGCGCCGGCGGGAAGCAACAGCAACGCCCGCCGAAGAUGGCUCGCCCAAAGCCCAAGAAGGAGGAGAUUGCCUUCUGCUUCUGCUUCCGCAUCCCAACCGAAGAAGCCUCGCCUCCGCCGCGCCCAAGACCACACCCCUUGCAGACUCCAGUGUCGACACCGCCCCGGGCGAGCUGGAAGAGGCCCCCGAACCAACACCUUGCUCCGUCGCAGUCUCCGUCGCGCCCCUGGCCGGCCUCGCCGGGCCAGUCACCCGGUGGGCGCCGCUCGCACCGGUCCUCGACCGCCUCGCAAACCGCCGAAUACAUGUCGCUGAUCCCCCAGAGCGCCUCGCCCCAGACGGCCUCGUUGCUGCUGGCUGAGCUCGCCAAGCCUGUCUCUCAACAAGACGACGCGGGGUACAUCUACAUCUUCUGGCUCACGCCCGAGACACAGCCUGCCACGCCUCCGGCCGAGGCAGCAUCGUCUCUACUCGGGCCGAGCACGCCGACGCGCCCCGGCCGCGGCAACGCGCGGCGGCCCAGCGACGUGCUCCGCUCGUUUGCCGCGUCAUCCGAGGACGACGACACCGAAGCCGGCGCGACCCGUGGCCCUGGCGACGCGGGCGACGCGGGCGCCGCACCGGGCGGCAAGAAGAUCCUGCUAAAGAUCGGCCGGGCCACCAACGUGCACCGCCGGCUUAACGAGUGGCAGCGCCAGUGCGGAUACAAUCUAUCCCUGAUCCGGUACUACCCGUACGUCUCGUCCUCCAGCCCGGCUGCCGCCGCGGUGCCGCGCAAGAUCCCCCACAGCCACAAGGUCGAGCGGCUCGUGCAUCUCGAGCUCGCCGGCCGCGGCAUGCGCGUCGCGGACCAGGACAAGUGCGCCACGUGCGGCAGGGAACAUCGCGAGUGGUUCGAGGUCGACGCUACCCGGCAGGGGGUUGCCGAGGUGGACGAGGUGGUGCGGAGGUGGUCCGACUGGGACGAGGCUCAGGGAUGA